AUGGAAUUACAACAGUUUGUCGGAUGGUUGGGUACAGACAAGGGGAUUGACUAUCAUAUCGGAGCAUACGACAUUCUACGCUUUAAAGGUAGAGUGUGCGUACCUAAAGGACCCUUAUUCAGGAGGCAGAUUUUGAAGGAGGGUCAUCACAGUCGUCUUAGCAUACAUCUAGGUAUGACUAAGAUGUAUAAGGAUUUGAAGGAGUCCUUCUGGUGGAAUGGAAUGACGACGGAUGUAACAGACUUUGUUGCUCAAUGUUUGCAUCUAUCGAGAUCGACAAAGGGUCAUGAUUUAGUUUGGGUGAUAGUUGACAGACUGACAAAGUGUGCACAUUUCUUGCCUAUGAAUCAGAAAUGGUCGAUGGACAAGCUAGCAGAAUUGUAUGUGCGAGAAGUGGUGAGGUUACAUGGAGUACCCGAGAGCAUAGUGUCAGACCGGGUGUAA